GUGGGAGUAAGGGGGGCUGCUGCAGCUCUCAGGCUAUAAACAGGCUGACACCUUGGUUCAGGGCUUGGUGCUUGCAGACUUGGUUCCCACAUCAGCAGUCAUGAGCAAAUGUGACAACUGCACAGAUCUGCUAAUGCCCGGAAUCCCCUCCAUGACGCAGGCCUGGGGACUGUGGGCCCUCUUAGGGACUGUGACGCUGCUGCUUCUCAUCUCACUGGCUGCACACUUGUCCCGAUGGACUAGUGACCGGAGCAGGAGCCAUCCGGGACAGGGACAUUCUGGAGGGUCUGUGGAAGAAGUCCCCCUGUAUGGGAACCUGCAUUAUCUGAAGACAGGACGGCUGUCCCAAGAACCAAGGCCAGACCAGCAGGAUCCAGAUCCAACACCUGGAGGCCCCACCAGGGCUGCAGAGGAGGUGAUGUGCUAUACCAGCUUGCAGCUGCGGCCUCCGCAGGGCCGGAUCCCUAGCCCUGGAACCCCCAUCAAGUACUCUGAAGUAGUGCUGGACUCCGAGCCAAAGCCCCAGGCCUCAGGUCUAGAGCCGGAGCUCUAUGCCUCAGUGUGUGCCCAGACCCGCAGAGCCCGCGCUUCCUUCCCAGACCAGGCCUACGCCAACAGCCAGCCUGCACCCAGCUGAGGUGGAGGACCGGGCACAGUGGAGCAUGCAUCACCCCGUCUCCUCUGUUGCAGGGGUUACUGCUAUCUUGUCUGGGUAAUGACUGUUUGCCAACAACCCCCAGACAUGUACCCAUUGCCUAGUCACAGGAGGUGAUAUUCCCCAAACUUCCUAUCUGAGCUGUGAGGGAGAUAUCUCAGGGGACUGACAGGCUCCCCAUUUCUUGAGGAUGGAGGAAACAGAGACAGGGGUCCCUUCACCCCCUCUUUGUUCUAUCUAUUCCUCUCAGGCACCAAACUCCCAGGUUCUCAUUUCUUCCUCCUUCCGGAGUUUAACCAAAUCCUCCCCAGUACUGCUCUUAAGUGUACCCCUGACACCUCAGUGUCUCCUCAGACACAGGAAGUGGGCAGUGAGGGAGGGGGUAAGGCUGGAGGGGUCCUGGAACCUAUAAUAGCAACCUGAGGAACUCAAGCCUGGCUUCUGACUUGAAAAGCCUGGCAGGAGAAUACCAGUCAUCAUCCUGCUGCCUCUGUUGUGUC